AUGUGCUAUGCCAAUAUCAUGGUGCAUCAUGUGCCACAUCAUGGCAUGACCCUCUCAAGUUCAUAUGAGACCUUCCUAAACCUUUGGUUUGUCUUGGUGGUGUCGUUUGCCUAA